CUUGCUGCACAGGGUCAGCUAGACAUGGAGGGCGCCCUGACUGCCAGGGAUCGGGUGGGAAUCCAGGACUUUGUCCUUCUGGAUGAAACCACGGAAGCUGCCUUUCUCAACAACCUGAAAAAGCGCUUCAGCAAGGAUCUCAUCUAUACUUACAUUGGCACAUUAUUAGUGUCCGUCAACCCCUAUAAAGAGCUUGACAUAUACAACGCGAAACAAAUGGAAACCUACAUGGGUGUCAACUUUUUCGAACUCCCACCACACAUCUACGCCCUGGCAGAUAACGCCUACCACACCAUGCUGACGGAGUUCAACAAUCACUUCAUCCUCAUCUCUGGUGAGAGUGGAGCGGGGAAAACGGAGGCCUCCAAGAAGAUCCUGCAGUACUACGCCGUCAGCUGUCCGAGCACCACUCUGCUGAACAACGUCAGAGACAAAAUGCUCAUGUCCAACCCUGUCCUGGAGGCUUUCGGCAACGCCAAAACGCUGAAAAAUGACAACUCAAGUCGGUUUGGGAAGUACAUGGACAUUCAGUUUGACAGCCAGGGGGAUGCAGUCGGAGGACACAUCCUGAACUACCUGCUGGAGAAGUCGAGGGUUGUGCAUCAGAAUCACGGGGAGAGAAACUUCCACAUCUUCUAUCAGCUGGUGGAGGGAGGAACAGAUGACUUGCUGCGCCGGCUGGGGUUGGAGAGAGACUGCCAGCAUUACAACUAUCUAACGCAAGGGGAGUGUGCCAUUGUGUCUUCCAUUAAUGACAGAAAUGACUGGAAAACAGUCAAAAAUGCACUGCAAGUCAUCAACUUUGAUGAGAUUAACACAAAUCACUUGCUUGAGGUUGUUGCAAGUGUUCUCCACCUGGGGAACUUUCAGUUUGACUCUGACAGUAAAGGCCAUGCCCAUCUGAAUAACAACGGAGAGCUGGACUGGGUCUCCAAUCUACUAGGUGUGGAUGCUCACAGGCUCCAUGAGGGACUCACAUUCAGGAAGAUUGAAGCCAAAAAAGAACAGGUCCUCAGCCCAUUCACAGUUGAUCACGCCAUCUAUGCGAGAGACGCCCUGGCCAAAGCCAUCUACGGACUGACUUUCACCUGGCUCGUCAACAGGAUCAACGAGUCCAUGGAGAACAUGGACCCUUCACCUAAGACAGUUAUAGGGCUUUUGGAUAUAUAUGGAUUUGAGGUUUUCUAUGUAAACAGUUUUGAGCAGUUCUGUAUAAACUACUGCAACGAGAAGCUGCAGCAGCUUUUUAUCCAGCUCACACUCAAAGCUGAGCAGGAGGAAUACGAAGCAGAGGAUAUUGAGUGGGAGCCGGUUCAGUUCUUCAACAACAAGAUCAUCUGUGACUUGGUUGAGGAGAAACACAGAGGAAUCAUAUCGAUACUGGACGAGGAAUGCCUCAGGCCAGGAGAGGCCACAGAUCUCACUUUCCUGGAGAGACUGGAGGAAAAGAUGGGGAAUCACCCCCAUUUUGUCACGCACAAACUGGCUGACAAAAUGACACGUAAGACUCUGGAGAGGGGAGAUUUCCGUCUCUUGCAUUAUGCCGGGGAGGUCACCUACUGUGUCGUGGGUUUCCUGGACAAAAAUAAUGACCUGUUGUACAGAAACCUAAAAGAUCUCAUGUGUCAGUCUAAAAAUGCCAUAGUCAGAGAGUGCUUCUCCACCAUGGUUCAAGACAGUAAGAGAAGACCAGCAACAGUGGCGACUCAGUUUAAGAGCAGCCUCCUGAAGCUGACAGAGAUCCUCAUGGCUAAGGAGGCCUGGUAUAUACGCUGCCUAAAAUCGAAUGAGUCCAAGCAGCCAGGUCAGUUUGAUGAAGCACUGAUCAGGCACCAGGUGAAGUACCUGGGCCUGAUGGAGCACCUCAGAGUCAGACGAGCUGGUUUCGCUUACAGACGCAAAUAUGAUGUUUUCCUGAAGAGAUAUAAACCUCUGUGCCCGGCCACCUGGCCACACUGGAGAGGUCUGCCUGCUGAUGGAGUGGAAGUGCUGGUUCAACAUCUGGGCUACCUGCCAGAUGAGUACAAAAUGGGACGAACCAAAAUAUUCAUCCGUCACCCCAGGACGCUGUACGCCACGGAGGAUGCGUUUGAGAAGUGCAAACAUGAACUGGCAACUCGACUCCAGGCCAAAUACAAAGGAUACAAGGCAAAGGGAGAGUUCAAAAAACAGAAAGAAGCGGCCACUAAGAUUGAAACUUGUUGGAGAGGGGUGCAGGCUAGGAAGGAGCGAGAGAAGAGAGCCUGGGCUGUAAAAGUCAUCAAGAAAUUUAUCAAAGGUUACAUGACCAGAGGAGAAGCAAAAAGCACCGAUAACUCAGAGUACCUGGCCUUCGUGAGACAAAGCUACUUGAACAGGCUCAAGAACAACCUGCCAAAGACCGUUCUGGAUAAAACCACCUGGCUAACUCCACCAGCGGUGGUGAAAGAGACGUCAGAGUUACUGCGUAAGAUUCACUACCGUCUUAUGGUGAGGAAAUAUGUCAGAGGGAUCACACCGCAGAAGAAAGCGCAGAUUCAACUGAAAGCCGUCACCAGCGCCAUCUUCAAGGGCAAAAAGGAAAGUUAUCCGCAGAGUGUCGCUCAGCCUUUUGUGGACACUAGAAUCAGUGAACAAGACAUAAACAUGAGGGUGCUUCAGAUGAUCCGCAAUGAGCACAUCAAGUACAGCGUCCCCGUGAUCAAAUACGACAGGAAUGGAUUCAAACCGAGGCCGAGACAGCUCAUCCUCACCCAGACAGCAGCCUAUUUGAUAGAAGAAACCAAGAUCAAACAGAGAGUGCUGUACACUUCUCUUAAAGGGAUUUCGGUGAGCAAUUUGACUGACAGCAUCAUUGUAUUCCACAUUACAUGCGAAGACCCCAAACAAAAGGGGGAUCUGGUAAUGCAGUGUGACCACUUGUUUGAGUUUUUGACCAAACUCAGCGUCAUUGCUAACAAACAAAGUGCAAUCAAAGUGGUUCAGGGCAGCAUCAAGAUUGAAAUCCAGUCAGGGAAAGAGAGUGCAGUGGAUUUGAGCACAGGGCAGGAGCCCAUGGUGUACAAGGCCAAGAAUGGACACCUCAUGGUGGUUGCCACUCGUGCCAGAGUCCGGUAAGAGCUCAGGCUGAGACACACAAGAAGCCCCUGCAUAUUUCAUCAGGAGACCCCUCAGGAGAGGCUCAACAUGUCUACAGGAUCCACACCUGACCAGGGGCAACUGCACUUACUGAACCCUGUUGGAAGGAAACACAUUUUUCAUCUAUGCACAAUUCAUAGGACUCCAACUAAGGCUCGUCUUUAAUCUUACCGGGCUGAAUCCAGGGCUUGCCUUGGCCGAUUUGAGCACUUCCAAUUCAAAACCAAGGCUUUUGCAAAUCUGAAAAUUUAUCACUGAAAUCCACAAACACUCCACAUUAUACAAACUGCUUCAGAGAAUACGCAACUCUUAUUCAUGACCAAUGAAGCCAUAUGUAUCAUAAUUUUGUACGCUCACCGAUUGUGGGAAGGUGCGAAUUAAAAACCGAACGAAUGAAAUGUCUGUAGAAAUUUAUUUGUGAUAAAGUAUGUAUAAAUAUAAAACAUACGUUUGUGUUCACUUCUGUACAACAGCCCUACAAGUACUUGUGAUUGUUAGACAUAUUUCAACUCAAACCCUAUAGUGUGCAAACAGUACAUUCUCAAAUGAAUGCAGUGAGGAGGGACAGGUCUAAUUUGUCUCCCUAUUAAAACCUUGUAGACAGGGUUCCCUUCCUGCCAGCGAGAUCUCUGGUUACAGUCAUUCACUUCAACCUCGGCAUCCACCAUUCAAUCAGCCCAGUACAUUUAACACCUCGGGUCGCAGCUCAAGUUCCCUUCACUGAAAAUAAUGAUUUGUUCCGUGGAAUGAGGGAAAACUGCAUCAGUGUUAAAACUAAACAUGGCUGACACACUACAGUGAAAUGCCACAUCCAUCUGUGAUAGUUUAACUGUAUAAAAAUCUUAUUAAA